AUGAGGUUCGCUUCCGGUGUCUAUCCCGCAAUAAGCCUGGAGCAGCUGUGUAUGAAUUUCUUCUUUGCGUGUGGGGAGAAGGUCGAGGCGCCAUAUGGAAGGCCAGGAAGCUUAGUUUUGUGGACACCUGAGUCGAAUAUUAUGGCUCAUAGUCCAUCCGACUUCAUCUAUUUAAAUGAGAUAUAUUUAUUUAAGGUUAUACAACGUAGAAGCAGAGGGUACUACUGUAAUUGCUGAGAAGUGCUGGCAACACGACCUUUUGAUGAUAUGACGCCACAACUUUCACCCCGGCGACCACCACCUCAAUUUAGUUAGCCCAGCAAGGUGAGCAUUCCCCUUUCAUCCCAAUCGUUUACCUUGGUACACUUUCCCAACCCGAGGACCCAGUGAGCAGAAAUGCUACGAAGUUGCAGGCUGAGGGACAGGAUCUGAGCGAAAUUCUCUUGCCGAAGAUAGAAGAAUCAGUCACUGCAGUCGAGGCGACGACAACGGUGGAGAUGCAGAGGCAUUGGUUCUUUUUAGAGAAGGUAUCGGCUUUGUCGCGAAGCAGCUCGGGGACUGUGGUGGGUGUUGGGACGGACGGAGGGUACUAAGACUUGCAUGUGGUAAACUUCUUUUGUGAAACUGCAAAUCUAUCAUUAAUUUGUUGCUACUCGGACUUGUGGGAUCCAAUUUGAAGCAAAACAAAUGCAGCUUGGCAAAUGAAAGACCAGCCCCUGCCCCGCUAUGUCUAUAUGAAAUUACAACAGAGUCGUUUCUCUCUGGUCUUCAUGGACGGGCACGCUGCUACAUGGCAACUGUCCUGGACACUACGGCGCAGUCAGGAGUAUCUCCUUUUGCGGCAACGCUCGCUGUUGCACAGCGGGAGCCGAUGGGUGGAUGCAUGUGGUAUCCGUAGAUAGUGGAGCGUUAAUUUUUCGGACGAAUAUUAUGGCUGAAUACAACGAACAUCAUUAUUUUGUGAGAAUGCCAAAUUAGUGUGAACGAGGGAUGCGAGGAACGCCUGAUAGGAGAAGGAGUUACAAACUUGUAGUACUACCUAGAGUCCAUGGGAAAUAGCCAGGAUCAUGUUGUGUGAUGUUCAUUGUUAGGAGAGUUGUGAGACUUUGUUGACUUCGACGAGAGUGUGCAACCACUCCAACUCCGGGUGAACCUUCAGUCUUCUUCUAAUACUUCCGCACCCACUUUCGAUGGCGCUGCCGGAUUGAGCAGUGCAGUAUGUGGGUAUAUUCCUCUGACAGUAGGCGUGGCUGACAGUGGAGCGCUAAGGUUAUGGGAUACGCGGUUGAGCCACAAAAUUGGAAAGCUGGUGGGCGCGGAAGGCAGGUUCUAGACAAUCUGAAUCUUUUCUUCAUGCUCCUGCUGUGAGAACAGACAAAGUUUAGAACUAUUUUAGGUUGUGCUCGUCAAUAUAGCUGUUCCCACUACAAAAUAAGAACAUACCGAAAAAACUACAGUCCCGCAUCAGCCGAAAACGUCAUUUUGGCUUCAGCAUACGAUUCUUUCGGCAUCUUUCAGAGAGUAGAGGGGCAAACGGUGGUAUCUGUCUACGAUAUGAACGCGGUUUUAGUAUCCUUGUUUCCAGGAAUAGCGAACCGGUGUGACGGCAGAUUUAGUGCAGUGAAAUUAUUCCGAGCCCUGACCUCGGAACAGAGAACGAAUCCGGCAGUUGAGGUCCUUCUUGAUUGACGUUUCAAUGGUGUUGUCCGUCUCUGCUUUGUGAGUGAGGGCUGUUGAAAAAAGCAGCGAAUCAAUGGUCUUCUGUCUGAAUUACAACUCCUAAAAAUGGACUUGGCCAUCUUGGAACAAGUUUUACACUCACACGGCGCAGAGUUGUAAGACGCCAGAAGAGUAUCUGUAUCGUCACUCAUGAUCUUUUUGAGACUUCUACUUCUUCCUCACACCAGCGACCCGGAGGCGGUGCCAACAAGAGUAACAAAGCGAGUGCUGCACCAUCUGCAUUGACUGGCGCAACCGGUAGUAUAGGACGCGCCUCAGCCUCCAGUGGCGGGACAAAGCGGUCUUCGCCUAGCCGGAAAAAGGCAUCGACUCUGACAAAAGCGACACUAGCAGCGCAUGAUUACGGACGUUGUUUUUUUGGAAUGCUGUGUCUUCAACAAGCGAAAGAACUACCAAAAAAGAGAGCGUCAUCAAUAAGUAGUACAUUGAAUUGGAAAUCUCAAAUCUCAGAAUAAAGAAGUGAAAAGAUUAGAACUAACCGAGGCAACAUUUUUCAUCCUUUCGGAAACAGACUAGUCCAUACUAGAUCCAAAAUCUCAUCUGUUGAGGAUUAAAAGUUGUGAUGUCUUCUUCGUCGUGAUCUUUUUGUUUCUGAACGCAGCAUCCUAUCUUCUAAAACAAAGACCGAUAUGAUUUCCCGCCUGGUGUUACGUCGCAAGUAGACGUAGAUGGACCAGCCCAGGACGAGUGGCGGAAGGCAGCACUGGAUCGAUACAAGAAGUGCUUGGCGGAUUAAGGAAAACAAGAAACAAAGAGGCUCAAAUGUUUGGUCUUGAAACAAAGAGGCUCAAAUGUUUGGUUUUCUCAGAAAUCUGAAGAAGUACUUAGUAGAAAUUGCGGACCAAUUCCAAGCGUCAAAAAAAGGUUAAGCACAUCAGUAUCUACGUUGUAUGCUGUCAUCAUGAUUGGGGUGCGCGUUACGUGACAUGAUGGUGUAGAAAAUUCUAAAGAGGAAAGCACACGGCGAAUAAGCGCAUUACAACGAUGCUGGGCGACAUCUCGAAUAGGAUGCUAGCAGAGCAAGGAGGAUGAAAAUCUAAAUUUUUUGUUCUUAACAUCGGGGGGUUGGAUGUCGGUGGAGUAACCGUUGGGGCGAUUGCCCUCCUUUAUUGAUCGCUUCCGAGGCAAGCGUGUUGAAGUCGCAACGAUUUUCGAAAUGUUUGAUCCGGAUUCGAAACCUGCAUUCGAUUAGUCUGAGUUUGAUGGCUCACCCUCACGUAGGGAAUGAAAAUAUAUUCAGAAACGCUGUGGCACACGGGUGACGAUCGCGGUGUUAUUUAGGUCAGAAUGAAUACUUAUGAUUGCUAGCGGACAAGGGUUUUCCGCCAUGAGCACGAAUAUCGCAAGAGCGAGAGCCUGUGGAAAAAUCUGAUAUGGUUCUAGAAGCACAUUGCAAGUUCACUCUUACAGUCAUUUUGAUCCAUCCCGUUCCAAUUCUAAAGACCAAGUUCGAUCAAGUUCUAGACAAGACGAACAAAAAAUUUAGACAUGGAUGAGUGUACAACAAGUUGA